AUGAACUUUUUAGGUAAUCCACAUAAUCAAUUAGCCGUAAUCGCAACCUACAGUGCAGAUGAAUUUUCCGCUGCUAGAAAGUCUUCUGCUGAUGCUCAAGAAAAAGGACAAGAGACCCCUCAAAGAGACCAGAAAGAAAAUGGUAGUAGACGACGAUUUUCUCAUCAGCGUCAAGCAUCGUCUGCAGUGCAAUCAGCCAAAAUUCGAACCGGUGAAGCUACACAGGCCUUUUUUUCUGAUUUUAUUCGUUUGCACAGCAUUUUUCCGAAGGCCCCUAUUUCGUAUUCUACAGCCUCUAAAAAAGCCCUUGUAGAAAAAUACGCCAUAUUAUUAACUUUGGAUUCACUUUCCACUUUACUGGAUAUGUGUAACUCUGAGUUGUUAGAUGUUGUGGUUGAAUACUCGGAUCAAAGGCACAAUGCAGUUCAAAUUCUUCCGGCUCCUGUUAAAAGAAGUUUGAUAUCUCUUCGUGUGGGAACAAAAUGGGUUUAUUCUUCCCUUGAACAUCUGUCAUCAAUAACCGCAUUGAUUGAAAAAGAUCCUAAUGUCAAGAAUGAUCAAGGCAUUCCUCUUGAUGUUCCGCUAGCAGAAGAUCUUGAAUUGAACGGAUUUUCAGGUUUAAAAAAUCAUACCUUUAUGAAUGAACAGAUUUUGCUUAAUCAAGGGGAGCCCUUUGAAGAAUUAGACAUGCGCAUCUAUGACAUAUUUGAAGAUGCAUGCAAGAUUUCGGAAUCAGAGGUUGGUGCACCACCUAACAAGGAUGCAUCUCCUGUUAAUUCUUUGAGCCCCGUCCAAAAUCAAGUUGCAGACCAAUCUUAUGUUGAGGACAAGGUCGAAGUUCCUAUUAAUGAUUUAAUCGCGGAUCCUUACGAGACUAAUUUAGCCGAGUCCCAGUCCUUUGCAUCCAGUAGCCCCAAAAAACUAACUAAUGAUUCUUCUGAAGAUGGUGAUUCAGAAGAUGAACAACAAAAUUUUUUAGAGUUUUUAUACCCCGUGACUAGGCCUUCAACUAAUCUAAACGGCAACACUAGUGCAUACUCUCAAACGGCAUUCCCCGCGCAUACCACUAUUUCUGGAGUGCCAAAUUCUUCACAGGAUCCUCUUGUGCCUUCUACAAAACGUUUGUCCGGAGAAUUUAAUUCAAUUACUCCACAUCAACAGGCGACCGCUAUUUCAAGCGCAUCAUUGUUUGCGUUUCCAGGCACUGAUGGUGGUGUUUCUCAAUUUGGUUUAUUUGGCGAUCCCAAUACUAGCCUUCUUGGUUUUUCGGGAACGUCUGGACAUACUUCUGCGAAAUCUAGCUUAUCAGCUAUCAAUCCACCGCCUGGGUUUUCAUCUGAAUCAAGUGCAUUCGAUUUACACAGGCAUAAUCAACAAAAUAAUCAAUCUUUAUUCCAACCAUCUAAUGUUUUUGGGUUCUCUUCUUUCGAUAUGAGCACCCAAUUCCCAUGGAAGCAAAGGGAAUAUGUAAAUGGUUUGUCAGAUGGUAAUUUACAAGUGAAUGGAACGGCUGGAUUAUCCGAUCAUUAG